AUGCCAGUAAACGAAGAAAUACAAUCGAAUAGCCGCAGAACUGUAUGGAAAAACUCCACUGCAGAGAAGGAUGAAUUUGGGUUGGAACAGAGCUCUAAUACAAAUAGAGUCUCGAUACUAGUCGGGAAAUAUGAGCAAGAAAUAGCAUGCUCGAGGGAGCCGACCCUAAUACAAGAGGGCACGAGAAAGGAGCGUGACAAUAUUCUAAGGGCAUUUGCAGCCACGAGUCCUAUCGGAAAAAUAGUUGAAGAUAACACAUCAGCUACCGAUAUGGAGAUUCAAAAUUUGAGAAUCAAUGCCGCGCAACCGGUACAUACGUCAACAACAGAAAGGAACCCUUCGAAAGAAAUAGCAAAUGACGUCGAAGGGUAUAAAACAACGACAAAAUCUAGCCUCGAGCUUAAACUAAUCAAAUCCGAAGGCCCUACAACAGAACCUGGAAAUUCCAAUAAAAAGGAGAUCCCAACUAGUCAGUCAAUUACCAGACCCAGUAACGAAAGUAUUAACCUGAAAAAACCCGAAAACAGUCAAGGAUUGAAGAUAUCCGCAAUUUCUGAAUGGUCACACCAUGCUCAGGACCCACAACAAGAAGAAGAUGUUCAGGCGGAGGACGAGUGGCAGGAAAUGCCAUCUUAUGCAUCUUAUGAUAUUUAUGAUGACGAUAAUAGGCUCAUUGCCAAAGAGAAAGAAGAUUCUGAUGAAGAAGAAGCUUAUAUGGGUAUCGGAGGUGCAGGUAGAGGCUAUACAAGAGUGCAACUGGACGAAGAUGCGCAGUCUGCAACUAGCCUCGAUGAAAAUACGCAGUAUUUAUUCAAAGAUGUCAAUGGUACUGGUACAGGUGAAAUGGAGGACGAGGAGCACAGAGACGCGUUAUCGCAAAUGCAAGCUACAAAAAAUCUUCUAACAGAGGGCCAGCGAAUCGCCUACGUUGGAACCUCUCGACUUGUUCUUUCAUCAAUGAUUAAACAAUCAGAAGAUUUGAUGUCGAGAGGAGCAAAGAAAGAAACUACCUUGGCUGCAGAAGCUAUGAAAAUGUGGAGUCAGAAAAUGAUGGUUCGUUUGUAUGCUCACAUGGAAAUCAGCUCUGCUGAGCAGAUAAUGAUUGAACAACUAUCUGAACACGAUGUUGUAGCAUCAGACUUAACCCCGACUUUGAUGCAGAAUGCCCGCGUCAAAAAUCCUAUGGCUGAAACCUCAGACCCUUCAAAAGUGCCAACGUCUCCUCGAUCACCCGAAUCCAAAGAAGAGAUGCCUGCUUCAGCUCCUCCACCAUAUCAAGAUCAUGAAGGAGUGGAUCUGCCCGAAGUUAGAACACCGUCACAACUUCCUAAAACUGCAAACUUAGAUAUUGAUCUCCGCUGGACCGUUCUAUGCGAUAUAUUUCUAACCCUAAUCGCCGAUUCAGUCUAUGACGCGAGGUCAAGGGUUCUUCUCGAGCAGCUGGGUAAGCAUUUAGGUGUAGACUGGCUUGAGAUUUGUAGAUUUGAGAAAAGAGUCACCGAUGCUCUAGAGAUGCAACAAGAAGCAGAGAAAGAGAAUUGGGAUGAAGACGAACAUAAAGAAAGUCGAAGAAAAAUGGCUCUGAAAAAAAGAUAUAUAAUGAUGGGACUGGCAACUGUUGGCGGCAGCCUUGUGAUUGGACUAUCAGCCGGCUUACUGGCACCUAUGAUUGGUGCUGGUCUUGCUGCUGGCUUUAGUACCAUUGGUGUAGCAGGUACCGGUGGUUUUCUAGCAGGCACCGGCGGAGCUGCUAUCAUCACAUCAGGAGCUGCAGCAUCUGGUGGUAUUAUUGCCGUUAGAGCCGCAGAUCGAAGAACAGGAGCCGUAAAAACUUUUGAAUACCGGCCAUUGCAUAAUAAUAGACGUGUUAAUCUCAUCAUAACCGUAUCAGGCUGGAUGACGGGUAAGGUUGAUGACGUUAGAUUACCUUACAGUACCGUAGAUCCCAUAAUGGGUGAUAUAUAUUCUGUUCUUUGGGAACCUGAAAUGCUCAGGAGCAUGGGAGAUACUAUCAAUAUUCUAGCUACAGAGGCUCUCACACAAGGUCUGCAACAAGUGCUUGGUAGCACAAUUCUAAUCACUCUUAUGGCAGCGUUACAAUUGCCUGUCGUUUUGACAAAACUUGCAUACCUCAUCGACAAUCCGUGGACCGUUUCUCUUGAUCGAGCCAACUCUGCCGGUCUUAUCCUAGCAGACUCAUUAAUUGACCGUAAUUUAGGUACCCGGCCCAUUACUUUUGUAGGAUACUCCCUAGGAUCUAGGGUUAUUUUCUCUUGCCUUAAAGAACUAUCGAGAAAAGGAGCUUACGGACUCGUACAAAACGUUUAUCUCUUUGGAUCACCUGUUGUCGUGAAUAGAGAAGAGUACUUGAGAGCCAAGUCUGUAGUCGCUGGUCGAUUUGUAAACGGUUAUGCGACGAAUGACUGGAUCCUUGGUUACCUUUUCCGCCUCACAAGUGGUGGCAUUAGUCGAGUAGCAGGCUUAGCGCCCGUUGAAGAUAUCCCCGGCUUAGAGAACCUAAAUGUGACUGAACUUGUUCCAGGACACAUGUCAUAUCGGACUGCAAUGCCACGACUUCUCCGUCAUGUAGGCUGGGUCGUAGAUUCUGAUGAAUUUACUGAAAUUGAAGAUCCAGAUCCAGAAAAUCAUCAGCAACGGCAGAGAGAGCUGAUCAAUGAGAUUGAAGAGGCUAGAAAAGAACUACAAAAGAAAGAAAAAGAGAAGGAGACAAAGGGUAAAUUCGGGUUUUUUAGCAGGAAACCCAAAAUUGUGGCACAAAAGGCAGACUGGGAGAUGUACGAAGAUACUAAAGGAAACGUACCGUCCAAGAAUGAUAGCCCACAAGGAUCUCUAUUCGAUAUUAAAGCCAUACGUCUUGAAUUGGCAAAAGAGAAAUUAGAAGUGCGGGAGUUGAAGUCGACAUUACCGCCGAUGAAACUAGACUUGAAUAGUUCCAAACCUUCGAAAACUGGAGGCCUGCGUACUCUGAUGCCUACACAGCAGACCAAAUCUUCCGAAUCAUCUCCCAUGGAUAAAACACAUUCACAGGGUAACUUGUCUCUCGGUUCGGCACCACUUAUUAGUGAGUAUAUCCACGGAAGGUCACUACCGUCAUACUAUUAUACAGAAUAUCAAGAAGAAAAUUUAGAAUUGUCCUUUAAUCUAGGCCCAAGUCCGACUGGGACGAAUUCAACUGUGAGCCCAGCUUUAAUGCAGGACCCAAAAAACGAGGCCUCACUAGAUCAAAAUAUUUCUUCCCCUCCUCCGGUCUUUAACUUGGGCUUGUCUUCAAAAAUGGCAUCAUCAGAACUUGAGGGGAACGCGUGGGCUGACGAUUACGAAUUUGGAGAGGAAGAAGUUCAAAUGACAUUUGCCUAG